ACGCAUUCAGAGGCAGGUCCUAAGCGGCUGCACAUCUCAAAUAUUCCCUUCAGGUUCAGGGAGACUGAUCUGAGAACUUUGCUAGAACCUUUCGGAGUCAUAACGGACGUGGAAAUUAUUUUCAACGAAAGGGGCUCCAAGGGUUUCGGUUUUGUGACGUUCGAAUCUGCGACAGACGCCGACAAGGCCAGGGAGAAUAUGAAUGGGAACAUCGUUGAGGGCAGGAAGAUCGAAAUAAAUAACGCGACCGCCAGGGUUAUG